AGAUCCGAAUCAAAAGAGCGAUUGAUUCACGAAUCAGACAUCGCAGGAGCUCACGCGGCCACCGUAACGUUACUUGUUGUAAACAUGGCGUCUGACGAAGAUAGCGACGAGGAUUUCGUGACUUAUGGAACUCCUUUAGAGCCUCUGGAAGAAGAUGAACCCAUCAGAAAGCCGGUACCUGUGCACGAGCAGACGGUUAAAGAUGAGAAGGGUCGUUACAAGAGAUUUCACGGUGCUUUCACUGGCGGCUUCUCCGCUGGUUACUUCAACACAGUCGGCUCUCAAGAAGGCUGGACUCCAUCAACAUUUGUAUCAUCUCGACAGCAAAAGGCAGAGAGACAGAAUGCUAGACCAGAGGACUUCAUGGAUGAGGAGGAUUUUAGUGAGCAUGGUAUUGCCCCUCGAGAGAUUGUCACUACAGAAGAUUUUGCAUCUGAGAGGAAAGAUCAGUUAAAGGACAAGGCACGAGCGGUCAGCUCUCUGGCUGCUCUGAUACCUGGAGACACUGGACUGCUGGAGGAGCUUAUUGCCCCUGCAAGGUCAUCCAUUGGUGUGGAGCUGCUGAGAAAAAUGGGCUGGAAAGAUGGCCAGGGAGUUGGACCAAGACUGAAGAGAAGGCAACGCAAGCAAAACACUGAUGCAGUUAAAGUUCAUGGCGGUGCGUUGCUGCCCAGUGGAUCAGAGGAGUCCGAGGAUGAAGAUGAUGAAUUCGCUCCAGAGAAUGUGACCUUUGCCCCCAAAGAUGUGGUCCCAGUGGACUUCACCCCUAAAGUCGACUCCCAUGGUCUGGGUUACCGAGGGCUCAACCCACUUCAGGCCUUGGGUGGCGGAUCAGAAUCAGCACAUAUAAACCUCUUCACGCUUCAGUCUGACAGAACAAGCAGCUUAUUUGGAGACAGAAAUACAGGACAGAAACGCAGGGGAGGGAUUGCAGGGCAGGCUUUUGGUGUUGGUGCAAUGGAGAACGAAGAUGCCGAUAUUUAUCAUAAAGACUCCAUGUCCAACUAUGAUACUGUUUUGGGCGGAGAAGAACCAGGGGAUGGACUCUACGGAUGGACUGCUCCCCAGCAGUACAUCAGGAAGAAGAAUGACUCAAAAAGAGAUGUGGUAUAUUUGGGUAGGAUUCUGGAUGGGUUUACAUUGGCCUCCCAAGUCACAGAGAUUAAAACGGUCUAUCCUCCCCCUGAUUUGCCCCGUGAUUAUCGGCCCGUGCAUUACUUCCGUCCUGUGGUUGAUUUAUCCACCGUCAGCCCCAUCGUUGCCCAGGCACUACAGGCUUCACGUGGACACCUAUCACAGGAUGCACCACAGCAGGGCCGUCACAGCUUAGACUCUUCUCAGAGACGUGACAUGCUAGGAGAAACGCCUCUACAGGGCCCAAGCUCUGUGUUUGAGCUGCUUGGCAGUAAGGACAGAGAGCGGCUGAACGAGAUCCGCAGUGUAGCCAAGGAGCAGAAUAAGUCUGUGUUAAACCUUUCCUCAGCUGAAGAUCGAGCUGCCGUGGUGGCUUCGGCUAAAGCUGCUGCUCUACAGACCCUGUCCAGCCGUUUCCAGUCAACCGCCCCACAGCCUGAUUCUCUAACCUCUCCAGCCAAAACUCAGGCUUCCUCUGAAACGCAGAUGGCUUUGAAUGCUUGGUCGGGUCCCACUGCAGAUGCUAGCAAAACCUUUAAACCUUUUCAAAAAAAUCCCCAGAAACAGGCUCGCUAUGAUCUGUACAUCAACAAACUCAAAAAGGGCGAUAAAGAGGCCCUGGAGUCGAGUCUGGACUCUUCCAUGACGGAGUGGGAGAGAGGGAGAGAAAGGGAUGAAUUUGUGCGUGCUGCAGUACUCUAUAAGCCCAGCAACUCUUCUCUCUCCUCACGUUUCACACGCAGCAAACAUGAGGAUGAUACAGACAGUGUAGAGGUCACACGGGAUCAAGAGAAUGAUGUGGAUGACAAGCAGGCCGCUGUGAAGAUGAAGAUGUUUGGAAAGCUGACCAGAGACACAUUUGAGUGGCACCCUGAAAAACUAUUGUGUAAAAGGUUCAAUGUUCCAGACCCUUAUCCAGGGUCCAGUACUGUGGGAAUGCCUAAAAUAAAGAGAGAUAAGUACUCGGUUUUUAACUUCCUGACAAUAACGGAUAGCAGUCAUGUCAGCAGAGAGGGCCCGAGUGCUUCCAAACCUCCCGGCUCCAGCACAACCCUUCCCCAUUUGACUCCAGAAGUCAAUAAGAAAUCCAGGUGGGACAAAACAGGGAAGGUAUCUGAACCUAAAGACCCACUUAGUGCGUUCCUCAGUGAAACGCGCAGUGAGGUUUCAGUGGCCAAGCAAAUCGAAGCUGGGGCCAAGAACCAGACCGACUCUUCACAUGCUUCUGCCAGUCCAGAGGUAAAAGUGGCCCAGUCCGAUGGGAAGCAGACUGAGCCAAAGACUGAUGAGGAGGAGAAGGAAGAGGAUGAAGAAGAAGUGAGGCCUCCUAUGGAUCUCUUUAAAGCCAUCUUUGCCAGCUCUUCAGAUGAGAAGAGCUCAUCUUCAUCUGAAGAGGAUAGUGAAGAAGAAGAGGUGGCCCCUUCAACAUUUGAACCAAUCCAGAUUAGUGCAGAGACACUCAACCCACCCGUCUCAGCUCAGAUCACUCCUGCUCCUGACAUCAGCAAAGUGCCAGAUUUAAAGCAUCUUACAGUCCAGAGCAAGCCAUCUGCUGAAACAGCUUCAACACAAAAUACCCAGUCCUCCUCCCAUAGUGCUCCUGAUAAAUCACAAGGCCUGGAUGAAGAGGAGUUCGGCCCCAGACUGCCACCUCCUGGGUUUAUCCCAUCUGCACACUCGCCGCAGCUGAAGAAACACAAGAAGAAAGAUAAAGAGAAACACAAAUCCAAGAAACACAAAAAAGAGAAAAAGAAAAAAAAGAACAAGAAACAUAAGCAUAAAGGGAAACAGAAGAAGAGGGUAGAUGAGUCUAACAGCAGCUCAGCCGGCACAGACUCCAACAGUGAAGAUGAAAAUAGAGUUGUGUCUACUAGUGAACUGCUGCAGAGGUUGAAAAACAUCAGGAACAAGAGAUAGAAUGUGUCUGAAGAACCAAGUGUGAAGAGUUUGUCUUACAGAAACUUCAAGAUGAAUACUAAUUUUGUGUGUGUGAGAGUGUGCGUAUGUUCUGUGUGUGUGUGUGUGUUGGUGCAUUUAAGUGUACCUAAUGGCAUAUGUGUUAUGAUUGCAGAUAUUUUUAAAUAACAAAUUCAUAAAAUAAAAUAAAAAGGUGAGUGAUUAUUAUAAUAAAAUGUUAACCAGCUGCACUCUAAUUCUGUACUGUUUGAAAUGUUGCUGACAGUUUAGGUGCCUAAGUGGAGCAGAUAAAAAUAUUCCCCACCUGUA